GCGAAACUUGUCCAGAUGCAUGCGCGCUGAGUUACCUUACUCAGUAAUACGUUUCUAUGGCUCAUUCUUACUUUCGUUUAAGUCGUCAUUAUAUAAUAAUAAUAAUUCAAAUAUUAAGCACUUAAUCGUACUUUAAAAUUACGUACAUAUAUAUAUCAAAAUCAUAUAUUACAUAUAUGUAUACUUUAAGUUAUCUGGCAUUAUUUUAACUCUCUUAUCGAUACGAACGCAUAGGCAACCGGAUCGUUUAAACUUCUAAAUUCUUACUCUCGUAUUGCUUAUGGGUUCGUCGAGGAUUAAUUAACUGUAAGAUAAAUAAGAACCGGAUAUUUGUAAAGGCCCUUGCACGUGCACUGUCGGAUGAUUAAAGAAAUGAUAUCUCGUCAACUGAAUCCUCAAAGAUUCAAACGGAACGGUUCUAAAACAAAAUCUGCUAUUAUCAACACGACGGCGACAGGAUGUCGCGCCUAAAGAAAUACAAUACGAAAUUAAUCCGCGUAAUAUCCGGACUGCGUGUCGGAAGAUCAGGUGAACCAUAGCUAGGCAUUUAACAUAAACAGUUCGUAAGAUAUAUCCAUUUCACGUUGGCGACGAGAUGUCGCGCCCAAGAAAUAAUUAAGAUUGAUAAACCGGCGAGAUAUUUGGUAGUGAAAGCGAUCCUAGCCGAAAAAUAUCCCGGAUCAAAUGAUCGACGAAAUCCUAGACGAGAUAUCUCCGAUAAACAUCCGCACACGUGCAAACGGUCUCACGCGCCUUAUCAGCGACCCCCGAAACUCGGUUCCCGCCAAGCCGCCGAAUCACUCCCACUCUUACCGACUCUUGCGCUUCGCGCGUGUUCCCUACUCCGGAGCGCUAGCGGCCGCUGAGCGCAGCGCCGAUUUUGCUCGAUCCCUUUGUCCGCGCCCUAUUUAAACCCGCGCACAGACGCCGGAUCAUUGAUUAAUUCAUGCAUUCUCUCAUUAUUUUUCGACACUCGUUCAGUACCAAUUCAGCGAUUAAGUCAGUCAUUAGUUCUCGGUCACGCGUCACUCUUCAAUCUUCAAGUUAUCUGCAACCUCUCUCGUACUUCGCGAUCAACUCAUUGUUAAUUAAGUUAACCAGUGCGUGCUCCGACAGACUGCUACCACCAACAUAUCUCUGGGACCAUCUUCAACUGUCAAACCACAUCAACCAUUUAAUUAUUAGUGGACCAAACUAUUGCUUCAAACCAUAUUAUAACUCGUACAACCCUCUCCCCUCCCUUGUGCCGCGAUGAAUUCCACAACACCUAAAACCAUCAAGAAAAAUCGCCACCGCGCUGGGAAAAGGAAAAGAGCAAAAAUCCUCAAGGCUCAACAAAAAGCCCUAGAGCGGGCUUUCGAGGAGAUUGAAAAUUUCGUGGGCUACCCGCUGGAGCACACCCCCCUUCCUCCUCCAGUCACAGACGCUCCGCCAGGAAGAGCGAUCUCUUCCUUUGAUCUAUUCCAAGAAGACACCGUCCCUUUGGAAAACUAUAACCAGUUAACGUCUAACGCGCCCGAAAUAAUCACGCUUAGCGAUUCCGAUCACGAUUCUCCGGAGUUGGAACCUUUAGAUCCAACUGCGGAAUACCAUAGCGAUGCAGUAGCGCAGAUUAUUAUAUUUCCGCCAGAGAAUUAAAUAAUACAUGUAAUAAUCCUAUACGUUGUUUAUUAAUAAAUAUAUACAUAUAUAUAUAUA